UGAGGGCGGAGGGGAUAGGGUGUGUCUUUUUUAAGUGUUUGGACCGUGAACUAGUGCCCGUAAUGAGUAAUUUUGUCGGAUGUGUAGAAAUCUCAGAAAUUGUCUAUAUUUUCCCGUUUCUUUCUGUCACGUUGUAAAUAUUUUCCACCAAUCCAAACCUGUAAAUAUAGACAAUUCUAUAAAGACCACAAUAUUAUGUAUAUAAACAUCAUUACGGGAUAUGUAUGAAGGGAAAUAUAAAAACAGGCAUUAUCUAUGCUAGCCAUAAAGUUGUAAGGACCCAGCAGUAUAAAUUGAACGCACCCUCGUUCCUGAGGUCUUUCUCCUGUCAAGACGCUAGCGUGAGCGGGUGAAGAAGAUAAGCGCAAGAUGAACGGCAUUAAAUGUUUUAUGUCGGUAAAAGUACAACCCAGAUGGGCUGGCAAUACGUGUUGUAAAGAGCGCGAAUGUGGUUGAGAGGUUGCCCAAGUCACAAGAAGUUUGUAAGACUGAUGCAUCAGCCAACAUUGAAAUGCGUCCAGCAAGCAGUCUAGGAUCGGGAAUUUGGUGUAAUCAAGGAAAAUGGAGGGCAGUUCCAAACUGGCGUCUAGCAUUUGCAUGUUCCCGAAGAGGCUUGCUUCCAACGUUCUGCCCUGUGUGAAGAAGAGAUGGCAAACUCAUACUGAGAAUGAUGGAUGGACGAUGGGUACAUUCUGUUACUAGACUCCAACUCUUCGAUGUCAAAUGAUACUUGGGUAAUGGACAAGAUGGCGUCCAAGUGGUGUGCUUCUAAAACCGUCCGUUGAUGGUGAGUCCUGACAUCUCUGGACGGAGAAGAGUUCCCAGCCAUUUACUUCAUUAGCCAGCUGGUUACUGGAUUUGUACAUUGUGGCAUUAUAUCAACAAGGUGCUGAGCGAUCAACUGAAAUACUGAGAAUGAUGGAUAUAUUCUGUCGUAAGACUCCAACCCAUUGACGACCAAAGGUAUACUUGGAUAAUGGACAAGAUGGCGUCCCAAUGGUGUGCAUCUCAAACUGCAUCUGAUGCGUGCUCCGUCUCCCAGAGAGACUUUCUUCCAGCGUCCUGCCCUGAGGGAUGAGAUGGCAAACUCCUACAGAAAGUGGGAUGGAAGAUGGAUACAUUCUGUUGCAAGGCUCCAACCCCCUUGAUAUUUGGUCCUGCUGGCGGAUGUUAACCUACUGGGCCGUCUUGCUGCCAUUGUGGCAAAGCAAGUUCUGCUGGGUUUGCGACGUUGAGGUAUUCCCCUGCGGAGACUACAGAUGACACCAGGAUCACUUGAGGAUGUUGACAGGACUUGAGGAUGAUGCCGACACUUGUUGAAGAGCUUCAAUCAUGAAAAGACCUGCUCGCCAGGAGGCAUUUCGUUGUGUGGACUGUGUAUCCUUGGCUGUAUUUUGUGCCAAUGACAAAUUAACUUUGAUUUGGUCGCCAAGAGUCAAGUAAUGUUAGUGGUAUUCUUGGUGUUGUCCCUGGACCCCCUCCUACUACAGUUCCCCAAAGUAAAGUAUUUUGACAACUGCUGAUGUAAAAAAAUAAUAAAAAAAAUUGGAUAAUGAAGUUCAAAUUGCCACCAAUAAAGCAAUUUGUGAUUGCAGCAUUUCAGUAAAGAAUGAAUGGUCAUCCUUGUACUAUUUUGUGUGGGGACAUGGUUGUGGGUUGCGCUUACAAAUUGUUAAGUAUAUUUUACCAACAAGGGGGAAUCAGAGGGGUAACAGGUACAAAGGAAUGCAUAUGAAGGUUCCCCCCUCAGUCCAUGUGCCUGCAUCAUCCAAUUUCCUUGUGGGAGCAGUUAAGUGACUGGUGAAGUUACAAAGCUUGUUUUGGCGUGCGUGAAUUUACAUGCUUUGCGUUUCUUAGUGAUCGCUGCUUGAAUCUCAUAAGAUUACUGCUGGAAGGCAGCAAUGCUGUGAUUUAAUUUUUAUUGUAGAAACCACCUACAUUUUAAGAAGUGGCAACAGUUCCUGUUAGAUGUUAACAGAAUUAUCGACAGCGAGAAUGGAUGGUAGUAGUCAAAGAACAAUUGAGGCCUGGACAAAUGUGCUCGACUGUCAAGAACAAUCUCGGUUAAAAUCCCAGACUAGUUGCUUUCAGGUCCACAUGGAAGGGGUGGUCUCGAAAGUGACCUUAAGAAUAUGCAACCAGUUUUAUAUUUUAAUUGAAAGGUUGCCUUCUAAGUGGUUUUUGAGGGAAACGUCUGGACGUUUCACACAGACAAUACAGCUAUACCGAAUGUGUAUUAGGUUCCUACCAGCUUUAAGGAAUAGCCCUUACCACAGACUGGUUUUCACACAAGGUACAGUAGACACUAUUUAAGCAGAGGAUAGAAUGGGCUUGGAUAGCCCUUACCACAGACUGGUUUUCACACAAGGUACAGUAGACACUAUUUAAGCAGAGGAUAGAAUGGGCUUGGAUAGCCUUUACUACAGACUGGUUUUCACACAAGGUACAGUAGACACUAUUUAAGCAGAGGAUAGAAUGGGCUUGGAUAACCCUUACUACAGACUGGUUUUCACACAAGGUACAGUAGACACUAUUUAAGCAGAGGAUAGAAUGGGCUUGGAUAGCCCUUACUACAGACUGGUUUUCACACAAGGUACAGUAGACACUAUUUAAGCAGAGGAUAGAAUGGGCUUGGAUAACCCUUACUACAGACUGGUUUUCACACAAGGUACAGUAGACACUAUUUAAGCAGAGGAUAGAAUGGGCUUGGAUAGCCUUUACUACAGACUGGUUUUCACACAAGGUACAGUAGACACUAUUUAAGCAGAGGAUAGAAUGGGCUUGGAUAACCCUUACUACAGACUGGUUUUCACACAAGGUACAGUAGACACAGUUAUUUAAGCAGAGGAUAGAAUGGGCUUGGAUAGCCUUUACUACAGACUGGUUUUCACACAAGGUACAGUAGACACUAUUUAAGCAGAGGAUAGAAUGGGCUUGGAUAACCCUUACUACAGACUGGUUUUCACACAAGGUACAGUAGACACUAUUUAAGCAGAGGAUAGAAUGGGCUUGGAUAGCCUUUACUACAGACUGGUUUUCACACAAGGUACAGUAGACACAGUUAUUUAAGCAGAGGAUAGAAUGGGCUUGGAUAGCCCUUACCACAGACUGGUUUUCACACAAAGUACAGUAGACACUAUUUAAGCAGAGGAUAGAAUGGGCUUGGAUAGCCCUUACUACAGACUGGUUUUCACACAAGGUACAGUAGACACUUAUUUAAUCAGAGGAUAGAAUGGGCUUGGAUAGCCCUUACUACAGACUGGUUUUCACACAAGGUACAGUAGACACAGUUAUUUAAGCAGAGGAUAGAAUGGGCUUGGAUAGCCCUUACUACAGACUGGUUUUCACACAAGGUACAGUAGACACUAUUUAAUCAGAGGAUAGAAUGGGCUUGGAUAACCCUUACUACAGACUGGUUUUCACACAAGGUACAGUAGACACUAUUUAAGCAGAGGAUAGAAUGGGCUUGGAUAGCCCUUACUACAGACUGGUUUUCACACAAGGUACAGUAGACACUAUUUAAGCAGAGGAUAGAAUGGGCUUGGAUAACCCUUACUACAGACUGGUUUUCACACAAGGUACAGUAGACACUAUUUAAGCAGAGGAUAGAAUGGGCUUGGAUAACCCUUACUACAGACUGGUUUUCACACAAGGUACAGUAGACACUAUUUAAGCAGAGGAUAGAAUGGGCUUGGAUAGCCUUUACUACAGACUGGUUUUCACACAAGGUACAGUAGACACUAUUUAAGCAGAGGAUAGAAUGGGCUUGGAUAACCCUUACUACAGACUGGUUUUCACACAAGGUACAGUAGACACUAUUUAAGCAGAGGAUAGAAUGGGCUUGGAUAGCCCUUACUACAGACUGGUUUUCACACAAGGUACAGUAGACACAGUUAUUUAAUCAGAGGAUAGAAUGGGCUUGGAUAGCCUUUACUACAGACUGGUUUUCACACAAGGUACAGUAGACAGUUAUUUAAUCAGAGGAUAGAAUGGGCUUGGAUAGCCCUUACCACAGACUGGUUUUCACACAAGGUACAGUAGACACUAUUUAAGCAGAGGAUAGAAUGGGCUUGGAUAGCCUUUACUACAGACUGGUUUUCACACAAGGUACAGUAGACACAGUUAUUUAAGCAGAGGAUAGAAUGGGCUUGGAUAGCCCUUACUACAGACUGGUUUUCACACAAGGUACAGUAGACACAGUUAUUUAAGCAGAGGAUAGAAUGGGCUUGGAUAGCCCUUACUACAGACUGGUUUUCACACAAGGUACAGUAGACAGUUAUUUAAUCAGAGGAUAGAAUGGGCUUGGAUAGCCUUUACUACAGACUGGUUUUCACACAAGGUACAGUAGACACAGUUAUUUAAGCAGAGGAUAGAAUGGGCUUGGAUAGCCCUUACUACAGACUGGUUUUCACACAAGGUACAGUAGACAGUUAUUUAAUCAGAGGAUAGAAUGGGCUUGGAUAACCCUUACUACAGACUGGUUUUCACACAAGGUACAGUAGACACUAUUUAAUCAGAGGAUAGAAUGGGCUUGGAUAACCCUUACUACAGACUGGUUUUCACACAAGGUACAGUAGACACAGUUAUUUAAGCAGAGGAUAGAAUGGGCUUGGAUAGCCCUUACUACAGACUGGUUUUCACACAAGGUACAGUAGACAGUUAUUUAAGCAGAGGAUAGAAUGGGCUUGGAUAGCCCUUACUACAGACUGGUUUUCACACAAGGUACAGUAGACACAGUUAUUUAAGCAGAGGAUAGAAUGGGCUUGGAUAGCCCUUACUACAGACUGGUUUUCACACAAGGUACAGUAGACAGUUAUUUAAGCAGAGGAUAGAAUGGGCUUGGAUAGCCCUUACUACAGACUGGUUUUCACACAAGGUACAGUAGACAGUUAUUUAAUCAGAGGAUAGAAUGGGCUUGGAUAGCCUUUACUACAGACUGGUUUUCACACAAGGUACAGUAGACACUAUUUAAGCAGAGGAUAGAAUGGGCUUGGAUAGCCUUUACUACAGACUGGUUUUCACACAAGGUACAGUAGACAGUUAUUUAAGCAGAGGAUAGAAUGGGCUUGGAUAGCCCUUACUACAGACUGGUUUUCACACAAGGUACAGUAGACACUAUUUAAGCAGAGGAUAGAAUGGGCUUGGAUAACCCUUACUACAGACUGGUUUUCACACAAGGUACAGUAGACACUAUUUAAGCAGAGGAUAGAAUGGGCUUGGAUAACCCUUACUACAGACUGGUUUUCACACAAGGUACAGUAGACAGUUAUUUAAGCAGAGGAUAGAAUGGGCUUGGAUAGCCUUUACUACAGACUGGUUUUCACACAAGGUACAGUAGACACUAUUUAAGCAGAGGAUAGAAUGGGCUUGGAUAACCCUUACUACAGACUGGUUUUCACACAAGGUACAGUAGACACUAUUUAAGCAGAGGAUAGAAUGGGCUUGGAUAACCCUUACUACAGACUGGUUUUCACACAAGGUACAGUAGACACUAUUUAAGCAGAGGAUAGAAUGGGUUCGGAGUAAACUACACUGAAAAAGACGAGCAGUCAACUUGGCCCUUUCUUUUGUUUCUGUCAUCUCGGAAGUACGGAAGCUGUUUCCGGUUUCAGGUUCUAUUGUAGCUAGCGUCAUUUACCAGCUAGCUAUGCACAUAACCAGUAUGCGACUUGGCCGGUUUGACGUAAAAGGUUUGUUAGGUACUUAGCUAAUGUCGUAUGGACACCUGUAAACUAUCCCAGUGGAUUCUUUGGAUGACUCCACAACGUUAAGAUACUUAUUUGAUUUGUCAUGUUCUUUCGAUAGCUAACGUUUACGUGGUGGAGGUCUUUGCUAGCUAACUAGGCUAGCCUCAAACUGUCUAAAGAGACCAAGACCAAGAACUGGAAAAGAGACUACACGCAGUUAAAUUUGAAGAUAAAUAUGUUCUGCUUUUCGUUAGAUUGAGGAACUCCAGAAAAACAUUCAUUGUCAAGAGUUGGAAGAUUUGCUUGUUGCGUUCCUCGACUAAACAAUAGUCUUGACCCUGUAAUGUUAGCUGGCCAUGUACUUUAUAAAGAACCUUAACAUAUUAUACAUAAAUGGCUAAGUAUAUUUAUGUGUAGACUAGGCCUACUAAACUAGCCAUUAGCUACAUGUCCGGGUAUUAGGGAUUCUAAACUAUUUCUAUCACUCCUAAACCAAAGGUAAUCAUUUGGUAUGGUUUAUUUGUUUGACGUUAGCAUUAAGCCCUCACUGUUAUAAGAGCAACAUUAGGUAAAGCAAGGUGAAAGUCUUGGGGACGACAUGUAGCUAGUGAGUAUCCUCAUUGGAAUUUUCCGUUGGGCGUUAGUGUUGUGCUUUGUAGGAACAGUGGUUGGUUUCAAUUUAACACCAACAGGUGUGACUUGUCCUGUGGUUCACACUUUGCCACUUAUCAUUCCCAGUGAUCUCACGGCAAGGAGAGUUAAUUUGACUCAUUCAUCUAAUGUACAAUAGCUAGGCUAUAGUCUAACAAAACCUCCAACAAAAUCCUAAAACGGAAAGAAAUUAUAUAUCAAGUUUAACCCAUUAUUGCGUUCUCAAUAACUCGUCAUUGCAGUCUCUAAGUCCUUUAGUCUAAAAUCCAGACAUAAUUAAGGGCGCCGAACUAAGGGAGCUGACAUGACAGCUGUAGUAGGAAGAGUUUGGGGGUGGGUGCGUCCAGCUAUCUCCUACCGGCCCUGGGGCAGCAAAGAAGGACCUGACAAAACCAUGAGGGACAAGCCAGUGACGGACGAGCAGCAGGCGAGAGGCAGCUGGGGCUUGGGGGGGUUAACAACCUGGGUUUGGGGAGCCGGACAGAAAAGACAAACCAGUGAACAAACAUUGAUUGACGAGUACUUGGAAGCAAGUGAGGAGAAAAUCCAGUCCAGGGAAAUUGAAGCGCUGGGUGCGAGAAAGCAGGAGGCUGAGGGGAAAGCAGAACAUGGUGACUCCAGAUGGUGGAAUAAGGUUCUGUCAUCCUCACACUUAUUCUGGCCUAGAACAGCUGAUCCUGGUGGCCUAAGUCAGAAGAAAUGUGUCGGUGGAGGAUGGGACUCGGACAACGAUGGGGACUAUUCUGACUAUGGAACCCCUCCACCAUCUCCCACACCGAGCUCCUCAUCAGCCUUCCGGUUCUUUGCACUCGCCUGGAAUGGGGAGAUAGUUCCGGAACACUAUGAGAUCUGCUUCAACCUCCUUCGCCACCUGUUUGACCUGUUGGUGGUGGGCUUCCUGUGGACUGUGUCCCCCCCUGCCAAGUUGGUCCUUGAGGUUCUAGGGGUCCAAGGAGGACUGAAGUUGUGGCUUCAUGGAAUGGCCAUGUUUUCUGUCUCUACUGUUGGAAUGGCGGGACUGCUUUGGUUGGUCCAAGAGUAUCUUCUACAAUUUGCUCUGUUGUAUGGCAUCGUGCAAGCACUGGUCAUCUCUGUCAGCAUCCAGCAGAGUGUGAUCCUAGGAGAGGGUGAUGAGGAGGUGGAGGACGUGGAAGUGAGAGACGAUGGGGAAGUUACAGAGAUGUACCUGACUACAAAAAGGAAAGAUGAUCCUUGAGUGAAAGUUUGUUUUGACAAUCAUCUGACAUGGAGGGAAGUUGGAGGGAAGAGGGAUAUUUUGAAAGCCUGACAUGCAGGGAUUGAGGGAAGUUGUUUCCAGAGCCUACCAAUGCAAAGACAGACGCAUGAAGAGAGCUGAGCCCAGCUGACACUGCAAUGAGGAACGGCAGAGGCUGGAGGACUUUAGGCUUAUACUUCACCUCACUACUGUGAUAUUCAGUGGCGCUGAAGCAAAGCACAUCCACUACAAUCUUGGUCAUGUAGGUCCAGUGAUACCACUGUUGUCGCCUGGGGCCCAGUGAUACCACUGUCGUCGCCUGGGGCCCAGUGAUACCACUGUCGUCGCCUGGGGCCCAGUGAUACCACUGUCGUCGCCUGGGGCCCAGUGAUACCACUGUCGUCGCCUGGGGCCCAGUGAUACCACUGUCGUCGCCUGGGGCCCAGUGAUACCACUGUCGUCGCCUGGGGCCCAGUGAUACCACUGUCGUCGCCUGGGGCCCAGUGAUACCACUGUCGUCGCCUGGGGCCCAGUGAUACCACUGUCGUCGCCUGGGGCCCAGUGAUACCACUGUCGUCGCCUGGGGCCCAGUGAUACCACUGUCGUCGCCUGGGGCCCAGUUCUAUUGUUACAGAAUCCGGUUUCCCUCUAGUUAGGCUCUUUUAUAUUCAUUUUGUUUUGUUCAGAUGAACUUCUGAAUAUCUACUUGACAGAUACCAGCACCUUUUUUUCCCCCCAGGUUUCUUUCAAAGCUUAUUCCAAGCAGAUUGUUGUGUUGCUGUUAGUUUUGGGACAUAAGGUUUAUUUGCCUUGUAUUUCAUUUCCUGUGCCUUUAAUAAUUUCAUGUGUAGUAGUAUGCCUUAGUAUAUUAUCCCUGUCUUUCUCCAUCAUAAUCAUAGUGUUAUUUUCAUUGUAAGUAAACUACACAUUAAACAUGUAUUUAUCUGUCUUAUCACACGUAUGUUCCUGUUUUGAAAGGUACGCUACAGCCUUAAAACACAACUGUUUAAAAAAAAAUAUAUAUAUAUAUAUGUAAGAUAUAUAUAUAUAUCUUACAAUUGUCCAGUAGCAAGUUUUUGCACAAUCACAUACAACCAACAGUGAUGCUCAGGAACACUAAUUCUACCUGCAAGAUUUUGUCUCUCAGCAUGUCACAAUCUACAGUAUGCAUGUGUAAGAAGAGGGUUCUCACCAGUGGAGGCUGGUGGGAGGAGCUGUAGGAGGACAGGCUCAUUCAAAUGGAACAUAUAGAAACCACGUUUGACUCCAUUCCACAAUUCCAUUUCAGCCAUUACAAUGAGCCCGUCCUCCUAGAGCUCCUCCCACCAGCCUCCACUGGUUCUCACCCACAAUGCCCCUGUAUUAUAUAAGCUUUGAAGAACAUUUCUAGUUUCUACAAUGGCCUUUUCCAGAUAUUUUUGUAUUUGUAGCAAAACAUACAGCUAUCACAACUUCACAGGGAUGCAGAAAGUUCUGAUAUACUCAUUGUGUACUGAUAAUGGGACCUUUAAACAGUGAUGCCACAUCGGUGAUUCCUCUCUGCCUUUUAUCUCGUGUGUUUUAGUGUCACGUUUUGACUUGUUACUCCACGUGUUGUUUAUAAAGAAAGAUGUCUUGUAAUGAGAGUGUGCAAAUGCCCCCCCCCCAAGACAAGUGGAUCACUGUCGAAACAGUGAUAAGGCAGCAACACUACAACAUUCAGUUGAUCAAACGUUGCAGAUAGAAAUGUGACAAAUAGAACUGCCAUGACUCCUUGUUCUACGUUUCAGAGAGGCAUGUUUGUUCUACAUGUAUUUCUAUCGUAAAGUUCCACAACGGGGUCAUUCUGAAUCCAUGUCGUGUUUUGUAAGGGAAUGGAUGUGUAAUGUAUACAAGGUGUUGAGAAAAUAAACUUCGGACCUGAUACUGUCCUUCUAGAUGUCUAUACCCAUUGCUGUACUGUACACUGACUCAGCCUGAAAUAUUUCCACUGGGUAAAUAAAUAAAGAUGUGGCAUUUUUUUUAAAAUGUUGCAUCGCUGAAUCUGA